AUGUCUGUUGCCUUGAGUGUGAAAACUGCGAAGACCUACUACAUGAUAUGGGCAACAGAUAUGUCAGCCAACGAAGGCUCAGCAAAACAGGCGACAGAUGUCAGCCAACGGUUUCAUGAGCAGGUCAAAGAGGUUUGGGUGCAUGAGCGCCAGCUCACAGAAAUGGGCAACAGAUAUGUCGGCCAACGGUAUCACAAGCAGAAUGCCAAGAAAACCACGUCCAGUAUUGUGCCACGAGUGCAAAUCAUUCGUGCUGCUCACACCACCCCCAUCCGACACGCAUCCAUGCAGUCCACCUCAAAGGCUUCAACACUGAGUUCAUUGACAUCUGUUCCACCCUCUCAGGGACAGUCCUCUCUGGCUGAGGAGUGGUGUAACCAGUGGCUCACAGACAAGGCCCGUGCCAAGGACAUAGACUUCCAGUGUCCCGGUUGCCAUGAACUCGAAGAGGGUGGUGCAAAGUGCAAAGAGCUACAUCCGUACUUUUACUCGGGAAGAGAAUUCCCAUGUUGGAUAAGCCAGUCAUCAUCUCAGGGAUUUGUGAAAGGGCAUCUAAGUCUCAAGUGUGUGCCAUGUCCACCCUUAUUCUUGAGCUCGUCUGCACAGGAGUGGAAAUUCAAGUUUAGUCAGUGGAGUAUGAGGAUCAAAAAACUGGGUGAAAAGUUGGGUGCAUACGCCUUCAAGCACAAGAUCAUAUUUGUUACUGUUCAUAGUGAAGUCACCCACAGGGCGAGAGUGGUGAGGAUGUUGCAAUGGAGGUUGGCGAGACUCCGGCCAGAGUAUAUGGUCGCAUUCACUGCCAAGGAUUUCCUCAAUGCGGUCAUCAAAAUUUUCAUUGUGUCAUAUGGUGUUGAAGUCUUGAUUGAAGGACAUGCUCUGGAGAAUGUUAUCCAUGACCUACUUCAACAUCUCACUCAAACUUCAGGAUGCACACUGAUGCCUAGGAUUGCCAAGGGCGCCAUGGUACUCAUGGUACCACAGCCAUCGGUGCCCAUGGGGCACAUCUCUAUCCAUGGGGUGCCUGAAAUGUGGUGCCAUCCAUCCAUGGGCAUGAUCAAAGCUGGACCCUCAUCCACCAAGUGGUUAUCACCUGAAGACUCGAGUGUCCACAUGCCGCAACCUCUACCAGUUGAAUACAAAGUGCUCCAUGGUGACCCUACAUCUGGGUGGCUCAAAUACACCAUUUGCGCUGCAGUGCCACUGUGA